AUGAGUCAAAACGAAUCUGUCCAUUCGUGCAACCAACCACAACAAGCCUUGUUGAAUACUAAUAAUACAUCGGAGGGAUCAUCAUCACAACAAUCAAGCCCAAACAUUUUUAAUACUAAUGGAAAUACACAACCUCCCACACCUCCAUCAUCAUCGGACUCGUCAUCAGUGAAGGUUGGAGUACGAGUGAGGCCCAUGCUUCCGAAGGAAAAACUGGAGAAGAGUAGAGAAUGCGUAACAACGGAUCCUGUAAAUAAUCAAAUCGUUGUUGGACGAGAUCGAACAUUUGCUUUCGAUUAUGUCUUUGGGCAGCAGUCGCAACAGCAACAAAUAUAUGAUGUCAGCGUUAAAAAUUUAGUGGAAGGAUUAUUUCAGGGCUACAAUGCGACAGUUCUAGCCUAUGGGCAAACUGGCUCAGGAAAAACUUACACUAUGGGUACAGCUAACUCAACAAAUUUACUAGAUGAAGAAAUAGGAGUUAUACCGAGAGUAAUACAGAACAUUUUUGAAAUUAUAAAACAACGUUCGGAUGCGGAUUUUGCAGUGCGUGUUUCCUUUCUUGAGAUUUACAAUGAAACGAUAAAAGAUCUGUUAGCUCCAUCAACGUCAACAAAAUUAAUUCAGAUCAGAGAGGAUGAAAAAAAAGGAAUUUUACUUGUAGGAAUUAAGGAGAAUCUGUCCAAUCAUACGAUGACAUGA